UCUGCACGGAAUAUUGUGUUAUUUCUGCCCAGCAAGUUCAACCGAUGCAACCGAAAUGAAAGCAGGAAUUUUCAAAGCUGCAAGUUUUGUUCGUUUUCUUGUCGCGGUCGUGAUUCUGGCAAUGAUUUUGGUGGUAACACCUUGCCGAGGUCAACAAAGAUGUUCUCCGUUGACUAUUCCUUUCUGUCAGGGUUUAUCGUACAAUAGCACAAUACUGAAUCCCACGAUGCAGCAACGAGUGUCUCGCGAACUCUCUCGAUUUUCACCUUUGAUGAAGAUUGCUUGUUCGGAUGAUUUAGCAUUUUUUCUUUGUUCCAUGUUCGCACCGAUUUGCACGCUGUCACAGACUCCUAUUCUACCGUGCCGCUCGCUUUGCAACAGUGUUAGACGCGAUUGUGAGGACCCUUUGAAGACCAUAGGCUUCACGUGGCCGGAGCCUCUCAACUGCGAUAACUUUCCAGACCGUGAUGGUAAGGACUUCUGUGUUGUUAUACCAGAUAAAACCACCCCUCAGCCGCCAGUAACGGAGAGAGCCAAGGAUACACCUGAGUUCCUCCUCGUCGCGAACCGUAAGGAUAUCCUUCGUGUUGAGCUUAACCCAGUUGCACACAAGACACUGGUCUCACGUCAGAUGGCAGCUGUAGCCAUCGAUUUCGACUUUGACACGGGAUUUAUUUUCUGGACUGACGUAGUCAAAGGCAAUAUCCAGCGCGCACCGGUUAAUAACGGCGAGAAUACGGAGGUGCUGAUAGAUGGUCUUGUAUCACCCGAGGGACUGGCUGUCGAUUGGAUGAACAAGAAGUUGUAUUGGACCGACACAGGGACAGAUGAAAUUGAAGUAGCGGGUUUCGAUGGUGGCCAUAGAAUGGUUCUGAUUGAUACAGGACUAAAAAACCCAAGGGCGAUUGUUGUACACCCCAGUGCUGGUUACAUGUUCUGGUCUGAUUGGGGAAAAGCAGCCAAAAUUGAAAAAUGCAGCAUGGAUGGAGAGAGUACGUCACGGAAAAUUCUCGUCAGUCAGAAUAUCAUUUGGCCAAAUGGACUUACAAUCGACUACAGUGAGGAUAGAAUUUGGUGGACUGACGCACGAUUCGGCACGAUUGAGUCCGUGGAUUUAAACGGUGGAGAUCGGAAAGUCGCUUUGCGAAGCAGCCGUGCUCGGUACACCUUCGGUAUUUCACUAUUUCAAGACUCUAUCUUUGUAGCCAAGCGACAAGGAGGGCGUAAGAUACUUAAAGUCGACAAGUCUGGGGGCAAAAGAUCGGUGACCCUGCUACGAUAUCUAUACGGACCGAGGGGAAUUGUGGUAUAUCAUCCUUCAAGGCAGCCGGGAACAGGCAAUAAUCCAUGCAGUGACUCUGUGGAUUCCGGAGGUUGCAGUCACAUCUGUUUACUAGCUCCAAAAGAUCUCGAUCCAAAAGGUUAUUCUUGUCACUGUCCCCCUGGAUUGAUGAUGCUUCAAGAUGAAAAGACCUGCAUGUCCUCAGAUGCUUUAAAGUGCAAGGAAGGAAUGUGUCUCAAUGGGGGCACUUGUAUCGAGAAAGCAAGGGCACUUCCCGUAUGUAGUUGCCCUUCUGAUUAUAAGGGACCCAGAUGUCAAGAAAUCAGCCCGGUGCAUAUCUCCACCACAAUUUCUCCCUCAACGAAACAGGACAGCUGUGAGCCGUUAACGAUACCUCUUUGUCGCUCUUUGCCUUAUAAUACUACAAUAUUUCCCAACUUUUUGAAUCACACAACACAAGACGAGGCCGCUCUUUAUGUCCACCAGUUUUAUCCUUUGGUACAAUACGGCUGCUCGGAGCAUUUAGGGCUCUUCCUCUGUGCUGUUUACGCGCCAGUUUGUACAGUGUUAGGUUCUGCAGUCCCGCCCUGUCGUUCCCUUUGUAAUAGUGCAAGACUCGGCUGUGAGGGUCUGAUGAAACGUUUCGGUGUUAAAUGGCCAGAGAGUUUGAAGUGCGAACGAUUUCCUGAAUUAGGUUCUGAAAUCUGCGUUGGACUCAAUGAAACCUUGGAACCCACCUCCCAGCCACCAACUGGUGAGAAAUCUUCCAAUGGGUCUUGUUUGGCCAGUCAGUUCCUAUGUAAGGCUACAGAAGAGUGUGUUGACUACGCUCUUCUAUGUAAUGGUAACGAUGAUUGUGGAGACAACUCAGAUGAAGACAUCUGUGAUAAUUCCACCGCUAUUUCACAUUGUGGAAGCAACGAGUUUAAAUGCCGUGAAACGGGAGAAUGUUUGAAAAACUUUCUUGUUUGUGACGGCUCCUAUGACUGUGAUGACAAAUCAGACGAAGAAGGCUGCAAUAGCACUGUUCCGUGUGGAUCCGAUGAGUUUAAAUGCCGUGAGUCUGGAGCAUGUAUUAGAAAACGUGCUGUUUGUGAUGGAUUGCUGGAUUGUAUCGACAAAUCAGACGAAGAAGGAUGUGACAAUGAAACCUCAUGUGUCGGUAAGCUUUUUCGAUGCAAUUCAACCAGAAGAUGCAUUGAUGAAAAAUGGGUUUGUGAUGGCCAUGCAGAUUGUGAUGAUAUGUCAGAUGAAUUAGUAUGCCCUACGACUGAAUUCUGCAGACCCCUAUUUCUGUGUCAGUCGGGUCCUCGUCGUUGUAUUCCCGAUCACUGGCUGUGUGAUGGAUCUAACGACUGUGGAGACAACUCUGAUGAACAGUAUUGCAGUUGGUCAGUUUGUCCAAACAACCAGGUUUAUUGUAAACGGCUCGGGAUGUGUUUGCCAAGCCGAUGGAAAUGUGAUGGUCAACGAGACUGCCCUGACAACUCGGAUGAAGCAGACUGUCCAAAUCUUCCUAAAUGCGGCGACAGUGAGUUCCAAUGCGUUGAUAAGUCUUGUGUGCAAAUAAGUUCAGUUUGUGACGGGAAAGUUGACUGUAUAGACAAAUCGGACGAAAAUCUCUGCAAUUACACUCGAGCAUGUACAAGCAAUGAGUUCCAAUGUCAUAGCACCGGAGUGUGUAUCAACAAAGUCUUUGUAUGUGAUGGUAGUAAUGACUGUGGAGACAAAUCUGAUGAAGAAAAGUGUAACACCACCACGCCUUGCAGUAUUACCGACCAGUUUCAGUGUGGAACUACUGGAAGAUGCAUCAAGAAGGAUCUUGUUUGUGAUGGUUAUGAUGAUUGUGGAGACAACUCGGAUGAAGAAAAGUGUAACAGCACUCUACAAGGCAGCUGCGAGCCGUUGACGAUGCCCAUUUGUCGAAAUUAUAUGCCGUACAAUACUACGAUAUUUCCAAACUUGUUAAGUCACAGAACCCAAGACGAGGCAGCGAAGGAUCUCUUCCAGUUUUAUCCUUUGAUGAAGAAAUAUUGCUCGUCACAUAUUGAGUUUUUCUUUUGCACUGUUUACGCACCAAUUUGUACUAUAUCUAAAACGGCAGUUCCUCCAUGCCGUUCUCUUUGUGAUAGUGCUAAAGUGAGCUGUGAAAGAUCUUUGAAAGAGUUUGGCUUCAAAUGGCCCGAGGUUGUAUCCUGUGAGAGAUUUCCACGUAUAGGAGAGAAGGAGUGCAUUGGAGUUAAUCCAACAGCACCCGUAAGCUCACCGAUGGCGUUACUUGAGACCUAUGCUUUGAUGUGCACUAAAGAAAGUUGUGUUCGUGGAGGUACCUGUCUUGAAGGUUUCAAUCCAUUGCCCUUCUGUAGUUGCAGAUGCGAAGAAAUCGUCAAGACGCUUCCGCCAGUGUACAUGUCCACCACAAUUUCUCCUGCAACGAAACAGGACAGCUGUGAGCCCUUAACGAUACCUCUUUGUCGUUCUAUGCCUUAUAAUAAUACAAUAUUUCCCAACUUUUUGAAUCACACAACACAAGACGAGGCCGCUCUUUAUGUCCACCAGUUUUAUCCUUUGGUAAAAGUCGGCUGCUCGGAGCAUAUAAGUUUGUUCCUCUGUGCUGUUUACGCGCCAGUUUGUACAGUGUUAGGUUCUGCAGUCCCGCCCUGUCGUCCCCUUUGUAAUAGUGCAAGACUCGGCUGUGAGGGUCUGAUGAAACGUUUCGGUUUCGAAUGGCCAGAGAGUUUGAACUGCGAACAAUUUCCUGAAUUAGGUUCUGAAAUCUGCGUUGGACUCAAUGAAACCUUGGAACCCACCUCCCAGCCACCAAUUGGUGAGAAAUCUUCCAAUGGGUCUUGUCUGGCCAGUCAGUUCCUGUGUAAGACUACAGAAGAGUGUAUUGACUACGCUCUUCUAUGUGAUGGUAACGAUGAUUGUGGAGACAACUCAGAUGAAGAUAUCUGUGGUAAUUCCACCGUUGUUUCACAUUGUGGAAGCAACGAGUUUAAAUGCCGUGAAACGGGAGAAUGUUUGAAAAACUUUCUUGUUUGUGACGGCUCCUACGACUGUGAUGACAAAUCAGACGAAGAAGGCUGUAAUAGCACUGUUCCGUGCGCUGCCGAUGAGUUUAAAUGCCAAGAUGCAUUGAUGAAAAAUGGGUUUGUGAUGGCCAUGCAGAUUGUGAUGAUAUGUCAGAUGAAUUAG